UGGCUUUCAUCAUUUGUAACGUUAGAUUAUGAUGAUAACGUUACAGUUUGCAGCAGUGGCAAAUCAUUGAAUCAGAGUCUAGUUUGAACUCUUGCUUGUGUAGCAAAACUCAAAUAUGUGUGGAAUAAUGCAACAACAUGCGGCAAGACACGUGUGAAAGUAAGUGUCCACGUGUCAAACAGACAUCUGACUAAUAGGAUCGUACUUUCAAGAUCCAAACAAAACAGAAACUCUCCUAAAGAGAAAAAAAUAACAAAACACAACAUAACAAAGGAAAUGGCACAGCAACAAAAUUCGCCAAGAGAUCAGAGAGAUUCACGUCCACAAGGCGACGUUUUCAGCGUCUCCGGCGAUGAUGACGUGGCAAGAAAGCAAGGCGCUGGUUCCUCUAACCCUGGUCCAAAGAUCGUGACGAUGGGAUCAGUAGAUACGGUUACGAUUGGAGAGGCUUUGGAGGUUACGGCUUUGUCGCUCGGAGAUAAGCCCGUGGACCGUAAAGAUGCCGCUGCGAUACAAGCUGCUGAAACGAGAGCCACCGGUGACUCCAAGACUCGGCCUGGUGGUCUUGCCGAAGCGGCUCAGGAGGCUGCUGCCACUAACGAGCGCACGGCGUUGGAGGAAGCCAAAGUGACCAUUGCAGACAUUCUCACGGAUGCGACAGAGAAGCUUCCAGGGGACAAGGUGGUGACAAGUGAAGAUGCGGAGGCGGUUGUUGGAGCAGAACUUAGAAACAGUCCGGAAAUGAAGACAACUCCUGGUGGAGUGGCUGAUUCCAUGUCGGCUGGUGCAAGGCUCAAUCAACCACUCUAGCUAAGUUGACCAACUUUCAAGUUGAUCCACAUAAUCCUUGCAAGAACUUUAUUUACUUGGCUAAUAUAUUAUCAAAACGGGUUUUAUCAUUUUGUAAAACUCUAUUAAUUUAUGUAGGAUUUCACUUACCGUGAUUGCUAUUAUGUUUUUUUUUUGUGUGGUUAAUUAAGGUUUACAAAAGCAAGCAAAA